GUUUCGGGGGCGGGACCGGGAAACAUUUCCGGGGGCGGGAGUUGCAGUUCUGAGUCUGUUGAGGCGGCGGUGACUUGAACAGGCCGGGUACUGGUGGUGGCGAAUGUUCCUUGGGCGGGGGAUGUGAGCGGUGAGCCCUCGGCAGCACCAAACAAGAUUUGUGAUGAAAUGGAGCCUGGAACAAACUCUUUUCGAGUAGAAUUUCCUGAUUUUUCCAGUACCAUUCUACAGAAACUGAACCAGCAGCGCCAGCAAGGACAAUUAUGUGAUGUCUCCAUUGUUGUCCAAGGCCACAUUUUCCGGGCACACAAAGCUGUCCUUGCUGCAAGUUCACCCUACUUUUGUGACCAGGUACUCUUGAAAAACAGCAGGAGAAUUGUUUUGCCUGAUGUGAUGAACCCAAGAGUGUUUGAGAACAUCCUCCUUUCCAGUUAUACAGGACGUCUAGUAAUGCCUGCUCCAGAAAUUGUUAGUUACUUGACAGCUGCAAGCUUUCUCCAAAUGUGGCAUGUGGUAGACAAAUGCACUGAGGUGUUAGAGGGAAAUCCCACAGUCCUUUGUCAGAAGCUAAAUCAUGGCAGUGACCACCAGUCUCCAAGUAGCAGUAAUUAUAAUGGCCUGGUGGAGAGCUUUGAGCUGGGCUCUGGGGGUCAUACUGAUUUCCCCAAGGCCCAAGAACUGAGGGAUGGAGAGAACGAAGAGGAGAGUACCAAAGAUGAGCUAUCAUCUCAGCUCACGGAGCACGAAUACUUGCCCAGCAACUCAUCCACAGAGCAUGACCGGCUGAGCACCGAAAUGGCAAGCCAAGAUGGGGAAGAGGGGGCUAGUGACAGUGCCGAGUUCCACUAUACCCGGCCCAUGUACAGCAAGCCCAGCAUAAUGGCACACAAACGCUGGAUCCAUGUGAAGCCUGAGCGCUUAGAACAGGCUUGUGAGGGCAUGGAUGUGCAUGCAGCCUAUGAUGAGCACCAGGUUACUGAGUCCAUCAACACCCUGCAGACAGAACACUCGGUCCAGCCUUCAGGAGUGGAAGAGGACUUUCACAUCGGGGAAAAAAAAGUGGAGGCAGAGUUUGAUGAACAGGCUGAUGAAAGCAAUUAUGAUGAGCAGGUAGAUUUCUAUGGCUCCUCCAUGGAGGAGUUUUCUGGAGAGAGGUCAGAUGGGAAUCUAAUUGGGCACAGACAGGAGGCUACCCUUGCAGCAGGCUACAGCGAGAAUAUUGAAAUGGUCACAGGAAUUAAAGAAGAAGCUUCCCACUUAGGAUUCUCAGCCACUGAUAAGCUUUAUCCUUGUCAGUGUGGGAAAAGUUUCACUCACAAGAGUCAGAGAGAUCGGCACAUGAGCAUGCACCUCGGUCUUCGGCCUUAUGGCUGUGGCGUCUGUGGUAAGAAAUUCAAAAUGAAGCACCAUCUCGUGGGUCACAUGAAAAUUCACACUGGCAUAAAGCCGUAUGAGUGCAAUAUCUGUGCAAAGAGGUUUAUGUGGAGGGACAGUUUCCACCGGCAUGUGACUUCUUGUACCAAGUCCUACGAAGCUGCAAAGGCUGAGCAGAAUACAACUGAGGCUAACUAAAAAUAGGAUCUGGCCCUUGAGUGGCAUGCACAAAAAUAAACUAUGGUAAUUAAUGCAAAUCUGGGCACAGAUGAUGCGAGCUACUUGCUAUUAUGAGCGAAGCUUAAAAAAAAGGAAGAUAUUUCUGAAAGACCAGCUCUAAGUAGGCCAAUUAAAAAAUCUAAUUCUUCAAAUUUCUAUGUUCCAGUCCUGGCCUAGAAUGGGUAAUGGGGGCAAAUUAACCUACUGCCCAGCUAGCAAGGUAAAUCUUCAGGCCAAUCAUGAUCAAGGCAGGUAGACUUAGACACCUGCACUUGGAAUUGACUCCACCCUACCGGUUCCAUUUCAGGUGGCAGCAGUUAUUAAUCACUCAUUAUUACAAGGUCAUGCUGAAAUUUUUUUUGCUCUUGCUAUAGAUACUUAGGUAAUGUGGAUUUGUUCUGGUAGCUGCUUCACUGAAUGGAAUGCUACUUAUGUAAAAGCUAUAAGUAAUGUGAUUCCUAGGAUGAGCAAUUGAUUAACAGAGCUCUUGUCUAGUUUUAUUCUUUCUAAAGGAUAUUUUAAGUAAAACUAUGGAGAUGCUAAGAGGGUGACAUUCUAAGUAUGAAACAAAUAGCUUAUGGUACAAGCUUCAAUUUCUGUAAGAUGCCACUAUUGUCACAUGGUAUUUCAAAACUCUUGAUAAGGCAUAGUUUUAUAUUUUAGUACUAACUUUGAAUUUGAACAGUUGUACCUAAUUGUAAUUCUCUAGGAUGCCAGAGAUAGGUAUUUCUAAUUGGUUUGCUAUCUCAAAUCUUGUUUAAUUGUAGCAUCCAUACAGUGGGGUCUACUUUGUGGCUGGUAGACUUCUGGGACUCUGACCACGGUACUGGCCGCUGUUGCUCUGUCUUAGAUCUUGGUGCUUCCCAAAGAGGGCAGCCAGUGACCUCAGUCAGUGGGAAGGAGCCAAAAGUCAUGGCUGAGAAUUACCUAUGAACUUUAGGAGUUAAUAGAAUGCUACCAUGACACUCCGACCGUCAAGAGUGAGAAUUAUAGAUUAGCAGAAUUUUAGGAGUGACAGGUUAUACUUGAGGGUGAAAAAACCGCCGAAGAAAAGCAUUUGAGACGCCGCGGGAGAUACUCUUUAGAGAGGUUCACCAAACUGAUCCUGCCAGUUCUUCAUGAGUGCUGGAAUGUUUUAAAAAGGGGAAAGAAGGAGUCCUGCUUUAUACAAAGUAAUCUACAGAUUCAUGCUCCCAACUUCCAGAUAAAGCUGCUUAAAUUUACAAGUACCUACUGCCCCCCACCCCCCAAAAAAAAGAAAAGCAGCUAUCCUGAGACAUCUGCUAUCUGUCAGAUUUUUUAGGAAAUAAAAAAAGCAUACAUUCAGAAUGCUCUUAAGCUGUGUAAUACAUCUGAGGUUAUCACCAGGGUAGGACAGGGUGCUACUAUUAUGCUGUCUUUUCCGUAAAUUUACUGGUCUAUUCUAAGUAGAAACUUUUUCUCCUUGAAAUAAAAAUAAUUUUUCUUGGAUUUGGGGUGAAAUUUUGUUUUAAAAGUUUGGCUUUGCUCUAAUGUGAUAGACAUUGCUGGCAACAGCCUCUGAUUCUCGAGCUCCUAACACCAAGUGUUUACUUACUGAACAUUGUCUGGAAAAAGGAAAGGAAAUACUUAUUUACCAGUUAACUCUUGUUAUCAAGAUUACAAAACAGGGAUUUAUUCAGUAACACUGUAUCAUUCUCGAUAUAUAAAAAGCACUUUGUAUUUAAAACUUUAUUAUAAAUAUAUAUAUAUUGUUUUUUUAACCUAGAAUCUAGAUAUUACCUCUUGGUUGUUUGCCACAUCAAUACCAUCUUCUUAGUGUUGAGAUGUCACCAGUUGACAGUCCUUUGUACCUGACAGAAGUACAGAGAGGUGACUAUACAAUCAAGCUCACUUGCUCUUUCUCUUUUUCUCAUGUAAGAGGCCAAUGGGUUUUAGGAAUGAUCUUACCCAUUACAUGUGAGGAGAAAUUGUUUUAUGGCUCCUACUGGUUUCAGUCCUAAGGCAGUGAAGCCAUUUUGUUCUGCCAAAAGCUGAUCGCCCUCUUUUGUGGUAUUAGCAAAACGUUUUCUACUUGUUGGGAAGGUUUGAUGUGGGUUUCCCAUUAAUGAUGAUAUUCAUAUGAGCCUUGGGCCAUUUGGAGAGAAGAGUCUAAAAGGUAAAAAUAAAGCCAUCCUGGGAAAAUCCUGGUCCUUCAGCUGUGCGGAAAUCAGCACGGGGCCCUUGUCAUGAGUCAUGAUGAAGAACUUUUUUUCAAACCAAGUGGCCAGCCCUUGGGUGGAAGUUUUGGAAGCAGUUGUGCUGGGACCUAUUUAAUGUGUUGUGAAGAAAAGAAUAUGUUUUGUUGAAACCCUUCUAUGUACAUCAGCUACUAAACGUAGAACUUAAAAAAUAAGUUUCUCACAGCUGCUGUUGUAAGUUUUUUGUGACAGUUAGGAUUUUGGCAAAAAUCAGGUUGUUCAUUGGUUAGAGAACGCUGGCCAUGUUUGGAGAGAGGCAGGAGGAGGGAUUGCUUUAGUUUGGAUAUUGAAAGUGAAUUUUUAUAAGCUCUGUUUUUUACCUUUUUUUCCUCUCCACACUGGGUUGGAGUGAUAGUCUCCCCCUCAGCCUCAAUACAUCUUUAUCCUUGCUAUUGAGUUUGGAUAGUGUGGGUAACAUUUUCUAAACAGUCUUUCAGGGAUCGUGUCAAUGGCCUACAACCAAGGUAUUUGUCCCUUAGUUUGUCUUAACUGUGGUUUUUCACCAAUCCUAGUGGGAAAGGGCUUCAAGGCACCACCUAUGGUAUUUAAAGUUCAUACUCACACCACACCUUUCAUUUUAGAUAAUCCACUUGGAGACACAGGCGCCAGUGUCUGCCUAAGGAGGGACUCCCCUCCAGUGUCGUGGCUGCCCCCAGGCACUCCUGGGCCUCAGCCUAUUGAUUCUCUGUUUCUAGGUCUCCCCUUCCUCUGGUCCCUUUUGGCCACUACUAUUAAAAGAGUCUGUACAAAAGGAUCCCCUCAGUUGUUGUGGGUGUUUUCUGAACUGGACUGACCAUAGGCUGGCCUCUAGUUGUAUGGGAAGGCUGCAUGGCCCCAGGGCCCGCUGCAGCACCCCCCUCCCCCAGCUGGUGUGGUGAGGCUGAGGCCAAGUGGAUGCAAAGCUGUACUUUCCCUGGGGAAGGGACUGUGCUGCAGGAGGGUGGGAGAAGCCAUCACAGCAAGCCCAGGAGUGUGCUUAUGUAAGGCCCCUGGUCAUUUAGGAAGGCUGGAAAGCCAGUGAGAUACUACUCCCCGCCCCCACUGAUUUUGUAAUUUAAGUUGCUUUCAUCAGUGGCUAACUUUGUUCAGUGAAACCAGGGUUUGUUUGGGUUUUUUUUUUCUUUGCUACUUACAUAUUUGAAGGUACAAGUUUCUUAUUUCAUAUCUCUACUGAUAGUGCCCUAUGGGAAAAUGCUGGAAUACAUUUUGCAAAUGUGACCUUUUUUAAAGAAAUUUUUUUGCUUGAAGCCUAUGUCAUGUUAGUUGCUGCUGCCCUCUUUCCUUUUAUGAGGUCCCCCAUGUUUCUUCCAGAGAAGUACUUUAUUUAUGCAAGUCAGGUGACUCUUAGGCCACAAAACCAUUUGAUGAUAAACAGAUUAUCAUUAGGUGCAUAUCUUAUUGAUAUUUUGUGAAAUGUUAUGCCUGUGUUGCAAAAGUUGGAUAGUUUUGUCUUUAUAUAUUGCUGUCUUCAGUGUACAGCAUGGUUUUACUUAAUUGAAUGUUACUGUUUAAUAUUUUCUUCUUAUAGAAGAGACCAUGCCCUUUUGUAUGACAUGUUUUAAUAAAUGUUAUCUGUCAACUUUGUAAAA